GUAAUGUUGUGAAUAGUUUGUGCUCUAGAGCACAGCUUGAUUAGUAUACCCCGCGUCCCCGGGCCCUUGGCGGACCCCAUCCCCGUAUACCAUGAACCAAGCAGUCGGAUACUAACCCCGGAUUUCCUCAAAGCCUAGACGCCCUCUUGUUGAGUCAAUGCGGCGAUACUUAACCCCAUGCGCGUCCUCUGGUCUGACCGAAGGGCCUCGAUGCACCUUCGAUAUUCCCUACUUUGGACAGGUAUCUUGUUCUGUAGCAACCAUGAAGAAUCAGACGUUACUGAGUAAGCCCUUCUUAACCUCCUUAUUCCUUGGAAUCGGCGGAUUUCUCUAUGGCUACGACUCGGGGAUCAUUACGCCGAGUCUGGCGUUGAAAUCCUUCCUAGUUUACUUUGGCCAACCUGAUGCUGCUACUCGUGGAGCAAUCGUCUCAGUUUACCAAGCUGGAGCAUGGCUCGGUAGUGCUUCGGUUGGUAUCACCAGUGACAGGUUUGGUCGACGGAAGGCCAUAGCGUUCGGAUGUCUUUGGGGUGCGAUCGGCUCGGCGCUCAUGGCCGGCGCUGCUCACGUGGCUAUGCUUAUUAUGGGACGCCUAUUAGUCGGUUUCGCCGUUGGAACAGUUACUGGCGUAGCCCCCGUUUUUGGUGCUGAGAUUGCAAAGACACACGAACGCGCGAAGAUCACGGCAGCCAAUCAGAUGAUGGUCGCUUGGGGAUUUUUCGUCGCAUUAUGGACGGGAGUGGGCGAAGGCAAAUGGAACAAUCCAAAUCAAUGGAGAUUGGGCUUUGCUAUUCAAGGCAUUCCGGCCGUUAUACUCGGCGUCGGAGUUUUAUUCAUCAGCGAAUCUCCAAGAUGGUUGUGCUUGAAGGGUCGUCACGAAGAAGCAAAGAGGUCUUUCCGCAACUACCACCACGACGGGUCCAACGAUACGUGGAUUGACACCGAGUUCACCAUCAUCCAAGUAAAUAUCGAAGAGGAGAGAAAGGCUCAAGGUCGUCUGGCUUGGACUGACCUUUUGAAGACACCGGCGUUUCGAAAGCGUCUUUUCGUCGGAUCAUUCGUAUGGGCAGCUGCCAUGCUCUCAGGCAUAUCUUUCGUCCAAUAUUAUCAAACAGCCAUUUAUGCGACUCUUCAGUUUGAUCAGAACGAGCAGCUUCUCGUAAGUGGUCUUUAUGGAACUGUCGCGCCCGUGGCUUGCCUUGCAUCUCUCUUUUUCGUCGACCGAAUUGGCCGGAAAAAGAUAUUGAUAACCAGCUCUGCUCUCCUCUCCGUUUGCUACAUGAUAAUCACCAUCCUAGCCGCAGUCUACCCGGCGCGUCCCGGCUUACCCACGAAUACUUUGGCGCAAAGGGGUCUCAUUGCUUGCAUCUUUGCUGUUUCGGCAAACUAUUCAGCUCUUCUUGGCCCAAUGACUUGGAUCAUUCCUCCCGAGGUUUUCACUACGGAGCUUCGAGCAAAGGCAAACGCUUUGGUUCAAGUUAUCCACUACUCUAUUAGUCUAGUUAUCACGCAGUGCUCGCCAAUCGCACUCGCGGCGGUUGGAUGGAAAUACUAUAUACUUUUUAUCCUUACGAACGCUCUCUGCGCUGUGGUAUUUGCGUUCGCAUAUCCUGAGACAAAAGGGAAAUCGCUAGAAGAGAUUGACGAGAUUUUUGGGGAUGUUAAGGUGUUUCAUGGCGACAGUGCCAAGUUAUCUAACGAUGAGGAGGCUACUGUUGAGACUUUGGAAGUAAGGAGCGAGAAGGACUAGACAUCGUCGAGAUACCCUGAAUAACAAUUUUGUUGCAUCGGCAAGUCAUAUUUUGGAUUCUAGGAUCUUUACGCUAUCAUAUUGUAGAUUCUCUACAUCUCGUGCCCCUGGCAACACUUCACGAUCUCUUCGAUAUGCCAAAGCUAUGUACUUUGUCCCAACCGUUCAAAACCAUUAACUACUAGAUUUUUAGUGUGGAAGUCACACCUAAUCAGAAUGACUGAGCAACUCUAUGUCAAUAACGGUGUCUUGCACUAGCUAGGAUUUUAUUGAAUGGGCAGUCUCGCCGAAUGAUGUGAUGGAGUUAAUAUUGAAUCAGAAAUUGCAACGAAAAUGGGUUGCCAAUUAUAAGAGCUUUUGGCCAACCUCCAAAACCUCUCCGUAGAUCCAAGGCUCUAGCAAAACGGCAAAGGCAAAGCCCGUACAAGUGGCAUUUGGCGGACGGCAUCAGAAUUAUCCGACGAUGCUUUCCAAACCAUGGGGGCAAUUUCUUGCCGUAUGCUUGUCCUUGGCACAGGCAA